UCGAAACGCAUCGCAUUUCACGUAAUAAAUUCUCGAUUCUUUUGCGCAGGCUAUUCAAAGUCACUUCGGGAGAUGAUCUCAGAGGUUGGGUCAACGGCCUCAUUUCUGCUAGAAUCACUGACGUGCUUCAUACCUGUAUAGACAUGUUCAUUAUACGUUUACUCAUCUUUUCAGUUCAGAAAUUGCGUCUUAAGCAAGCGGUCGGGUUUACGUUCGCUCUCAGAAUUCCUUUAAUACAGUUUUCGGGAAACAGGUUGCAAAAGCAGUUAGCAAUGGAAGAUCUGGCGACGCAUUCGAAUGAACGCUUAACAAUAAGCGAUCAUGAUAUGUGCCCGAGGUUGCGAGCUGCCUUAAAUUAUUCGCCGACAUAUUUGGAUUCCAGUGACGGGGAUGACGACCCUCUCGCCCUUCCGGAAACGACUUUCACAAUUAACGAUGACUGGACAAUUUCGUCACAGGAAUUACCAUCCUUCGGCCAUAUUCCGGAAGAAGAUCCUGACGCAAGCGACGCGGAUGACGUCGACGCCGAAACUACCGAGGAUGAAGUCGAAUCCUUCAUAAACCAUAGCGAAAUCCUUUCGCGAAAAGAAACGAGCUUCGACGAAGACGAGCAAGUCGUCCCCUCCAGUCCUAACGAGAUCCUGGAUAUUGGCGAGGAGUCAAAUUCCUCGGAUUCCAGUCUGGACGGUGAAAACAGCGAAAUAAUCAACGACGAGAUAAACGAGGGCGAAGAGGAGCAGGAGUUCCCGGAACCGGAAGUAGGGAAGAAAUCCGGCGUCGAUGAUAAGCGUGGGAACCGUAGCAGCAGUCCGCAACCUCCGUGAAUAUCGGCGAUACCGGAAACCGGAACAAGUCGAAGUUCUCCGGACCGUCACGAUUUAUAUUGUCCGUUUAACCAAAUUGCGAUCGCGCGGAUCAUCGAUCGAUAAUCGGAAUUAGAAAA